GCAGGGUGGGGCUAGAGCGCGUGCGCGGUUUUGAUACUCCGCCCCAAACUGCCAACUCUUCGCGCAAGCGAGGUAGGCUGGGCCAGGCCGGGUAUACGCGUGCGCACUAACGAGCUUAGCCCCGGAAGCUCAGACGUCUGCGCAGUGGAGACUACGGUGACAGUCCCCCGGGUGGGGCGCGGGACAGUUAUGGCGGAGCCUUGGUCUGGCCAGUACUUGCAAGCACUGCCGGCCACAGUGCUGGGCGCGCUGGGCUCUCUGGGCAGCGAGUUCCUGCGGGAGUGGGAGGCGCAGGACAUGCGUGUGACCCUCUUCAAGCUGCUGCUGCUGUGGUUGGUGUUAAGUCUCCUGGGCAUCCAGCUGGCGUGGGGGUUCUACGGGAGCACGGUGACAGGGCUGUAUCACCGCCCAGGUCUGGGCGGCCAGAACGGAUCCACACCUGAUGGCUCCACGCAUUUCCCUUCAUGGGAAACAGCAGCAAAUGAGCCUCUCAAAACUCACAGAGAAUAAAGAGAAGCAGCAGAAGGGCCUCCAGGAAUAUCGCUGGGCCUGUUGCCUCCCACAUUGGAUUCUGCUGCUGCCCAGACCCCAGGGACAAUGGCAUGGGUGGGGGAGUUAGGCCAGGGAGCAGAGUACCCCAGAGUUGGGCCUCUACUGCUCUUGGCUUUGCUUCCAGCAGUCCCAGACACUGGGCUAGUUGUCUGCCUCUACCCUCAUGAGGGUGCCUUAAGGAGAAAAGGCAUGUUCCUCCUCUCUCUGGGAUCAGCUCAGAAGACCCCGCAUCGGGGAUACCAACAUUCCAUUUUGCUAUCUUGCCUUUUUCCUGUUCCUUACUCCCAUCUCCCUGGGACAUGACCCCAUACAAAUUUAUCCUUCAGAGAGGAAGCUUUGAUGUUAAUCAGCAUUGAGAUUUGGCGGGGAGGUCUUCAUUUCUCCCAGGCCCUAGGUUUUCUGAAUUUCUUUGGUUUUGCUUUAUAGGCAGAGAUUCGGGGUGUCCUGGUCUGGACAUAGCCUUAUACUCCAUGAUCACGAGGCUGGUUAUUCGAGAAUAAGGCAGCAGGCACUAGCCAAACCUGGCAACAGCAAAUACUUAACUCUCUGGCUUGCUAGGUGUAAAUCAGGCUAUGGAAAUUGUCUUUUCCCCAAGUAUCACACAUUCAUUCUUAAUCAUUGAAGGAAAAGUAGGUUCCUGAAAGAAGCCAAGUCCCCCCCACUGCUUAAGUGCCCGUGGGGUUAUGUUUUGAGGGGUCACCCCAGCGGUGCUCAGGAAGCCAUGUAGUACUGGAAAUUGAGGCCAGAGCCCUGUGCACGCCUGGCAGGUGUUCCAGCCCCUUGAGCUAUCUCACCAGGUGGACCCAUGGGGGUUCUGAAUCUGUUCCCUGGCCCUCACAGGGUGAUACUAAGUUAGAAUGCAGAGAAACCUCACAUGACCUGUCCAAUCACUUCCUAUCUUGACCCAGAUUUGAUAGACUCAUCCUAAGAACGAAGUUGAACUCUUCCCCCAGUGGCACCAUCUCAGCCCCAGGAAUUGUUCAUUAAGAGAAAGGACAAGACAGACUACUACUUCAACAAUGGGCUCAGGGAGCUUCCAAAGGUGUGGGUGUCAAACCUCAGUUCCUGAGAGCAGUAUGGACCCGGACCUGCCUCAUUCCCAGUGCUGGGACUUCUGCCUGCUUCAGUUGAGCCACCUACCACCUUAGUGUUCUGCUUCCUGGCAGCUGUCACAUUUCCACCUGCCAGCCUUUGCAACAAAGGUGUACUGGAAGCAGGACAGAUAAUGAGAUGUGUAUAUGCACCUCCUCUAAAGCUGUCUUCCAGUUGGCAGGAUGAUGGUUUCAUAGCCUGGGGUCUACCCACUGACACCCUCACAUAGAAUUAGGGGUACCACAUCUCACCCCAUGAUCAACUGAACAUGUGGCUUAUUAAACAUGAAAGCGCA